GGCGGCGUCGUUCCCGGGCCUGGGCCCCUGGGCUGCGCCACCGGGUUGCAGCGAAGGGGGCGGUCGCGGGUGAAGGCACCCCGCACACUUUCCCGACCAAGCCCUGACGUGUGAACACUUCGAUGGGAAGUGUUCCUGAAGCCUCGUGGUGGAACAGCUGUGUGCCCCAUUCAAAGGGAAGGAUGGAAGCUCUACCUUAAAAACAGGAUGUGAGCGGACGAGACCUGUCAUUAACGCUCAGGUCCCUGUGGACUCUCCACCUCCACUCGCACUCUCCACCUCCACCUCCAAUUACGGCAUCAGCUGACAUCAGGAACAAUAAGGCCUGUGAUCGGAGGAAGCCUGUUUGACAAGAUGAAAACAGUACGGCACUCGGAACAGACACUUAGAACAGCUCUGAUCUCAAAGAACCCAGCACUUGUGUCCCAGUAUGAGAAGUUCGAUGCUGCAGAACGGCGUUUGAUGAACGAAGCCUUCCAACCAGCCAGUGAUCUCUUCAGGCCCAUCAUCUUGCAUUCUCAGUCCGAUUGGAUCACGUCCCAUCCUGAGCCUCCCCAAGACUUUGAAGAGUUUUUCAGCGAUCCUUCCAGAAAGACACCCUCUCGAGAGAAACACAGUAUUUAUAUACAGUGCAUUGGAUCUCUAGGAAAUACCAGAACUGUCAGUGAAGAAUAUGUGAAAUGGCUCAAGGGCUACUGUGAAGCAUUUUUCUAUGGCUUGACAGUGAAACUCCUAGAACCAGUUCCUGUCUCUGCAACAAGGUGUGCCUUUAGAGUCAAUGACAACACGAAGAACCUCCAAAUACAUGCAGGGCACAUCCUGCACUUCUUAAAAAAGAAGAAACCUGAAGAUGCCUUCUGCAUUGUGGGAGUAACAAUGAUUGACCUUUACCCGAGAGACUCCUGGAAUUUUGUCUUUGGACAGGCCUCUUUGACAGAUGGCGUGGGGAUAUUCAGCUUUGCCAGGUAUGGCGGUGACUUUUACAGCUCAGGCUACAAAGGCAAGGUGAAGGCGCCGCAGAGGCGAUCUUCGCAUGACUAUUCGGCGUUUGAUAACUAUUACACUCCUGACGUGACUAGUGUUUUGCUGCUUCGGUCCUGCAAGACUUUAACCCACGAGAUUGGACACAUAUUUGGACUUCGACACUGCCAGUGGCUUGCGUGCCUAAUGCAAGGCUCCAACCACUUGGAAGAAGCUGACCGGCGCCCCCUGGAUCUGUGCCCGAUCUGUUUACGCAAGUUGCAAUGUGCUAUUGGCUUCAACAUUGUAGAAAGAUACAAAGCACUGGUGAGGUGGAUUGAUGAUGAAUCUGCUGACACGCCCCGAGUUACUCCGAAACAUGGUCGUGAUGGUAAUGUGAGUUUGCCCAAACCUGUGGAAGCCUUUAAGGAGUGGAAAGAGUGGAUAAUAAAAUGCCUUGCUGUUGUCCAAAAAUAAGAACCUUCAAAUAGGAGUAAUUAAAAUACUUGCACAUUA